CCAGAAAAAUGAAAAACAAUCAGCAUUCAGAUUUCAAAAAUCCAUAGGACCCAGACGGUUGAUUUUAUCUCUUUCCCAAUUUAAGUUCUCUUCCUCCUCAUUAUAACCCAUCUCAGGCUCACCUUCUCAUUCCACAAAGCAUCUCCCAUAGUCAAAGCAGAAGAAUCAAUGGCUCACAAAUUUUUCUGCAACCUCCUUCUUCUUCUCUUGCUGGUUAUACUUAUUACAGGGGGAAAUUCUGAUAUAACCUUCAAUUUUGAGAAUAAUUGUCUGGAAACCUUGUGGCUUGCCUCCAGCCCAUCCGACGGUGAUCUGGAUCCCCAAAAUGGACCAGGCACACUGGAAAUAUUCUCCAUGCCAGAUCCAUGGACCGGAAGCAUAUGGGUACGAACCAAAUGUAGUACCAAUUCAACGGGUUACUUCUCUUGCCAAACUGGAGAUUGUGGGUCGGGUGCAGAAGAAUGCCAGGGUCCACCACCCAUAUACCCGGUUACCCUGCUCAAUUUCAAUAUCAAACAGAACUUGGUAUCAUAUGAAGUGAGCUUGAUCCAUGGGCACAACAUUGCAGUUCGGAUCCAACCAAAUGGCGGGUCAUUAACUGGAGCUGGGUCUGGACCAUGCCCUGCUGUGGAUUGCAUUCAGGAUAUUAGCAAUAUUUGUCCAGCUUCCCUGGUGGCUAAAAACAAAGACGGAGUCUAUGUUGGAUGCUAUAAUGCAUGUGAUGCAUUAAAGGAUCCGAAAUUCUGCCAGGAUAAUGAAUACUCAAAACUCUUCAAGCAAUUGUGUAAUUUAGCACAUACCUACCCCGGAGACAAUAAUCCUCCACUUUACAAGUGUAGUGGGGCUGCCAGUUACAAUAUAACAUUCUGUCCUGUGUUAUAAAUUUUCCAUGCUAUUUUUCAAUUUGGUGAUCACUCAUCAUUCUAUCAAAUGUUACAAUUUUAUUCGCU